AUGGUGAGAAAAAUAUCCAAGAAUGAAGAGGAGAAGCAGUCAUUUUUCAAGCUUCUCGCUGGUUUCAACACUGACUGUGUGCGUAUCCCACAAAAGUUCUUGAAACAUAUGUUGAAGGACUUGUCGGCGAGAGCAAUAUUGAAACUAAAGGAUUCGUCAGAUUCUUCAUGGACUGUUACAGUGAAUAAGACAAGAGAAGGUGCUGUGUAUUUCAAGAAUGGCUGGGAGGAGUUUAUAAAGGAUAACUCCUUGGGCACUGACAAUGAGAUGCUACAAAUUUUCUAUGAGGGAAAGAUGCAUUUCAGCGUAAGGAUUUUUGGCAAGAAUGGGAUUGAGAGAACUGAAGAACUUUCAAGUUCCGAGGAAGAGGAGGAAGAUUCUGAAGACAACACAUCGGAGGAUUUGGAAGCUGAUUUUACCAAGAUUGGAUCACUUCACAACUCCCUUGCUAAAAAUACUACUAAAAGGCCUCGUGGCAGACCAAGAAAAUACCCUGUGAGUUCUUCGAAGCCUCGUCCAUCGAAGUCUUGCAAAGUUGAAUCGGGUGAAGAACUUUCAAGUUCUGAAUCCAUUGAGCUCAAUGAGAUCAAAGAAGAGGAAGAAGAUUCUGAAGACAGCACAUCUGAGGAUUUGGAAGGUGUUGAGCCUGAAGCUUUCAAAUCUAACUUCCCUUAUUUUAAAGGCAUCAUCAGACAAACUAAAUGUCAGUUCAUCCCCACAGCCUUCUCUAGGGAGCAUUUUCCUCAAGGCAAAGGUUUUAAGGCUAUCCUGAAAAACGCAGAGGGGGGAAAAUGGACCGUGAAUUGUAUCCCUAAUUCCCCUCAGUCACACAACUUUUCUGCAGGGUGGUAUAAAUUUGCAUCUGCUAACCAAAUCCGUAUCGGCGACACUUGCAUAUUUGAGCUUUUGAGCCGGUACCAGAUGAUGGUUCACAUUUUGAGGAAGAGAUAA